AGCCGGCCUCUGGCUGCCCCCCAGAACAGUUUUGAUCAAAAGUAACAGUGGUCAGUUGAUGUUGGUAUCUCCUCAGCAACCUGUAACAAGAGCCGAGACUACAAGUACCAUAAUUUCAAGACCGGCGCUACCAACGAAUCCUCAAACAGUCAAAAUCUGUGCAAUGCCGAAUUCUAAUUCACAGUUAAUCAAGAAAGUGGCUGUGGCACCUGUUAAACCAUUGGCACAAAUGGGAGCUACUGUGGUAACCACUGUUACAAAGCCUUCCUUAGUACAAUCUGUGGCUGUGCCAACCAGUGUUGUCACAGUCACUCCUGUGAAGCCGUCGAAUACUGUAACUACCCUGCAGCCUUCAAGUUUGGGAGCAUCACACGCACCCUCUAGUGAGCCCACCCUCAAAGCAGGGAACUCAGCAGCUGCUCAGACCAACCUCACUCCGGCGAUGCUAGAAAAUGUGAAGAAAUGUAAGAACUUUCUUGCGAUGUUAAUAAAACUAGCAUGUAGUGGAUCACAGUCCCCAGAGAUGGGGCAGAAUGUCAAGAAGCUGGUGGGACAACUUUUGGAUGCAAAAAUCGAAGCGGAGGAAUUUACUAGACAACUGUAUGUUGAGCUCAAGUCUUCACCCCAGCCUCACCUAGUCCCUUUUCUUAAGAAAAGUGUGAGUGCCUUGCGACAGCUCCUGCCCAGCUCGCAGAGCUUCAUCCAGCAGUGUGUUCAGCAGACCUCCGGGGAGGCCGUCGUUGCUACCGGCACCACUCCGGUGACCGCUGUGGCGACAGCAACCGACUCCUCAGUCCAGGCUGAACGGGCCCUGGUCGUCUCUGGAGCAGCCACACCCAGAACGGUGUCCGUGCAAAGUGUGAAUUCCUUUGUUGGCCCAGGGGGAGCAAACGCUGGAGUGGUGACACUUCAUUCUGUGGGUCCAGCUGCUGUAGCAGGAGGAGCAACAGCCGGAACUGUCGUGCUUCAGACGCCAAAACCGCUUGUGACCUCUGUACAGAACACAGUGGCAGCAGUCUCGCUUCCACCUGAGAAGCCAGUGGUCUCAGGUGCAGGGGUGACGCUGGCCCUCCCAUCAGUAACUUUGGGAGAAACUUCAUCAGCUGUUUGUCUUCCGUCUGUGAAAACUGUAGUUACUUCUGCUGGGACCACCUCUGAGAAGCCUGUCAUGGGCGCUCCGGUCCAGAUCACACUCGCACAGCCGGGACCCGUCCUUUCCCAGUCGGCUGCUCUCCCACAGGCAGUGAAAGUCAAGCAGCUGGUAGUCCAGCAGCCUUCAGGGUGCAUUUCCAGACAAGUGGGCACACUCCCCCCUUCCUCAGCACUGACCCUUCAGAAGAAGAUGCCCGUGAGCACUGCAGCAACUUCCGCUUCCAUUCUAAAGCAAACUACCCUGCCAGGAAAUAAAAUUCUGCCUCUUCAAGUAUCUUCUAUUCGGAAAGAUAAAAUAAAGGAGAAUGGAGCAACGUCCUUGAGGGAUGAAGAUGACAUCAACGAUGUGACUUUCAUGGCCGGGGUCAACCUCAAUGAGGAAAGUGCCCGCAUCUUAGCAACAAACUCUGAACUGGUUGGCACGCUCAUUCAGUCGUGUGAAGAUGAGCCAUUUCUCUUCAUUGGCGCUCUACAGAGGAGAAUUUUAGACAUUGGCAGAAAGCACGACAUCACGGAACUGAGCUCCGAGGCCGUGAGUUUGAUCUCCCAUGCAACACAGGAGCGGCUGCGAGGCCUCCUGGAAAAGCUGACCACCAUUGCCCGGCACCGAAUGACAGCCUACAAGACAAGUGAAAAUUACAUCCUGUCUAGUGAUACCAGGUCACAGCUCAAAUUUCUCGAAAAGCUGGAUCAACUGGAGAAGCAGAGAAAGGAUUUAGAAGAAAGAGAAAUAUUGCUGAAGGCAGCCAAGAGCCGUGCCAAUAAAGAAGACCCAGAGCAGCUGAGACUGAAGCAGAAAGCCAAGGAGCUGCAGCAGUUGGAGCUCGCACAGAUCCAGCAGCGAGAUGCGAACCUCACCGCCCUGGCUGCCAUUGGGCCGCGGAGGAAGAGACCCCUGGAGGCUGGGCCUGGGAGUGAGGGCUUAAAAGACAACCUUCUGGCUCCUGGGACCUGCAGCCUGGCAGGCAGCAGGCAGCUGCCUCGCCCGCGGGCCACGCGGGUCUGCCUGCGGGACCUGGUGUUCUGCAUGGAGCAGGAGCGGGACAUGAAGCACUCGCGUGCACUCUACCUCGCGCUUCUGAAGUGACCCGCCUCCCGCCUGCUGUCCCUCCAGCCAAGACUCGAAGGCUCGGCCUGGAGCUGCCCUGCAGGGCCUCCACACUGGGGGCCCUUGUUUACAGUCAUGAACUUCCGUUGUGUCUCAGUGCACGUCGUGGGGCGGACUCGGCUUUCCUCCUGGAAACGGGUCGUGAGGUAGGUCACUCAGACGCAGGCAUGUCCUGUGCAGGAGCCACAGUUCACGUCACCACGCGAGUCCCAGCUUGUGGGGAAAUCUGACAGGUGUAGCUGCUGAUACAUAUACCUCAUUGCAAAUGGUGAAGGUGGAGGCUACCAGAAGGACUGACGCCCUCGUCACACUGUGGAGGGAAAAGGAAGACGGAGCAUAAACCGGAAGUGGCCACCUGUGCCCCCGGCAGGGCAGGCCCAGAGCUAAGGGCCAUGGUUUGUUGAUGGAAAACAACCAGCCCGACAACAGGAAUGUUAGCAACGUUUCAAACUGCAGUCUCCAAAGCGAAGCUCUUCUUUGUUCUGUGUAUCGCUUUAACCUCAAGGACAAUUUUGUAAACUCUUUUAGUUGCCCUAUGUUUUAAGCGUCUUGUUGCAUUAAAAAAAAUCCUAAUUGGUGAUUUAAAGUUUUUAAUAGGGACUCUGUGGGGGUUCUGGACUCAGAAGGCAGGGCUAGCACCUCUUGCACUCGGCUCUGUGUGUAUCUGAGAAGCAUGUUCUAUAGACUCACCCAGGAGGAGGCUGAUGUUUGCUAAAGCAAACCCUGCUUUGUUUUGUUGUUUUGUUUUAAAUGCCACCUGUGUGGCUGGUGACAAAUGGUAGCUGUAGUCAGUCACAGAAAGAGAAUAAAUUCUCCAAGAAAGUUUUACAAAAGUGGGAAAGCUCUGCUUCUGAACCAAAGAAUUCCAUGGGACGUGCCUCAAGUAGGCCUCCUCCUGUGGGGCUGUCAUGGCCACACUGUGCUCCAGUGCGGCUUACAGUGGCCCCAUCUCUUUCGUUCCACAAGUUACUGUGUAAAUGUUAUAAAUUAUGUAAAUGUUAAAAGUACUAUACAAAGAGCUCUAUACCAAAAGUUGUUUUUGUAUAUUUAAAUGCUUAACUUUAUUUUUUGUAAAGUGCAGCAUAUUCUCAUAUUUGUGUAUAAUCUUAUUGAUCAGAUGUUUGAAAUUAUUUCAAAUACUUCAUUAAAAUAAUUAUUUUAUUAGAAGAGUAA